AUCAGAUACAGCCUUGAAAAAGGCCAUUGAGUAAUAGAAAGCACCUCGCGCGCCAAGCUGCAGACAGAGUGGUAGAGAACACACAGCUUCUAGAAGAACCAUCACCUUACAUAGUCACAAUGUCUGAGAGGAAAGCUGUCAUCAAGAAUGCUGAUAUGUCAGAGGAAAUGCAGCAGGAUGCUGUGGAGUGUGCCACACAAGCCCUGGAAAAAUACAACAUUGAGAAGGACAUAGCUGCCCACAUUAAAAAGGAAUUCGACAAGAAAUACAACCCUACCUGGCACUGCAUUGUGGGUAGAAAUUUUGGCAGCUACGUAACACACGAAACCAAACACUUCAUCUAUUUUUACCUGGGGCAGGUGGCCAUCCUCUUAUUCAAAUCUGGUUAAGAGUUAACAACCAUGGACUUUGCAAAAUGAUUGACCACGGACUUAAGGGAGCACAUUUCCUUCCACGUGUCCUUGUUCUGUGUUAACAGGACUAAAACCCUGUUGUGAUUUAUUUUGUUUUGAUAAUGGUUAAAAAAAAAAAAAAUGCAAAAAAAGUUAAGACUAUUUAUUUUCUAUUUUUUUUUUUUUCUCUAAACAUUUAAUAAAUGUUUCUUUUUAA